AUGGACCUGAACUUUCAGAAGUCGAUGCCCAAAGACGUGGCCAGCUUGAUUCUCCACAUCGGGCAAUCUUGUCACGACUUCCAUUCUGCUGAAAACAAGAAGGAUGUGGAGAAGGCAUUGGCUCUGUGGCGAGUUGUCCAGAAGUACCUGACUCCAGCAAUGCGGCUCUCCAGUCAGGAGCAAGCCCAACACCAAACCAUUGGCCAUGCAAGUGGCAUGGUGAGCCGAUUGCAGACCAAGCUUUGUGCUGGUGUUGAGGAUCUUUGCAAGACCGCUGUGAAGGACCUUGGGAUUGCCAAGGCCGUGGACUCCAUCACCCAGGCCUUGGCCCUACCACAGCCAACUCCAGAGAAAGCUUCUCAGAUGGUCCACUCCCUGCGAGUUGCUGCCAAGCUUGGAGAUGAGUUGAAUGAGAAGUCCAUUCUGCCAGAGCAGGAGUCUCUUCAAAGCAGCUUGUCAGUCUACUUGAAGGUUCAUUCAAUGAAGCUCGAUUUCUUGCGGGCUGUAGUGCCUGAGACAACUGAGAGGAUUCAGCGGUUUACUAUGACAUUUGAGCACUCACUGCAAACGUGGUUGGAACAGCAGACCGAGUACUUUCGCAAGCCAUUGGAAGAAUUGGAGCAGUACAGGCCUCUUCUUUCAGCAGUGGAGGAUUGGAAACUGGAACCAGUUUCAUGGAUGUUCACUCAAGAGAAUGCCAAAGACUUGGAGGCAAAGGUCAACCAGCUGAUGGAGGACUUCCGAAAGACCUUGGCGCUCUAUGUUUCCUAUGUGCAAGCUGUUGACCUGGUGCUCAACCAUGCUGAUCUUCAGUCCACGGACCUGAAGCCAACCCAUGCCAGGAUUAUGCAGGAAAAUGCCAGUGUCGGAGUUUCUCGGCAAGACUUGCCAGCAGAGGUCAGAAAGAGAUUGGACAAUCUCCUUGAGACUGGAGACCCCAACAAGAUGCAAGCUGAUGCCAAGGCUAAGCCAGCACCAAAGCGCAAGAAGGAACAAAAGCAGGAGGAGGGAGAGGAUGGCAAGGCGACCAAACAGCGUCGCUCAGCUCCUGACACCAGGAAGAGGAAGAAGAACUGA